ACAGUAUACUUUUUACACUUUUACUUAAGUAAAUGAUCUGAGUACUUCCACUACAACCAAACCAGUGGGUCACAGCUAUGUCACACAUCUGACACCCCACCAGAUGAAAGGACAUCAGCACCAUGGACAGAGACAAUAACAGAGAGCUGCUGACAGGCUGCAGUUUUACAUGAUCAAAGCAAACAGCGUUAACUGAGGCGGCACGCUUCAUAUGACCUUCAUAGUGUGUGUGUUAGCAUCAUGACAGGAAUCAAGCUUGGCUGUAGAGUAGCUUCAUUAACCCUUCAUGUCCUUACCCAUCCUCAGCCUCCAUCCAGCUCUCGUCUCCUCCCUGCUCUCGCGAUGAAACAGGCAGCAGCAGGGUUGGCAAUACUGCGUCAGCUGACUCAGAGCAGGGGGCGGGGCGGGUGUGAGACAUCACAAUAAAUUAAUAAUGAAAUAAACAAGAGGAUGUAAAUCUACCAGGAACACCGCCAUCCAUCGAUCGGGGCUGAAGCGCGCAUCGCCGGGGCUCGCAGGCUGACGGUGGGCCGCAGCAGAGAGGAAGCACCGAGCACGGGAGAAGAAGGAGGAGGAGGAAGACCACUGGAUGGUGGGGGAUGAUGAUGAUGAUGCCAACCAGGAGCUGAUGUUCCCCUGCACGCCCCGCUGAUACACAAGGACUGUGGGACUGGUGGUGGUGAGGAUUAUCCAGGAGGCUGGAGGAAGGAAGACAGGGAGGGGGGGAGGCAGCGCCGAGCAUCAUCCGGAGAGGAGCGUUUUGUCAGGGAGGCUGAGCGACAAAAAAAAAACACCCGGAACAGUAAGAAACUGAUCGAAAAUAAAAGGAAACAUUAAAACCCGGACUAGGAUUUAGCAGUUUGGAUAUUUAGACUCUGUUUUUUAAAGGAUACUGGUCUCCAGGGAAGAAAGUCAGUUCAUGAUUGUUCCAGAAACGCAUGCAGAUCUGGGAAUCAGCGCGUUCCUGUAUUGUUAUGCAACUCAAAUCAGUUCUAUAGAAAGUGUCCUGCUGUUUCUUCUCCACUGCUUUGUAUUUGUGGUGCCUUCGAGGGCAGCUGGGAUUACUGAGGCCGGCGGUGUUGGGGGGGUAGGACCAUAGUGGACGCUCGGUAGUCGCGGUUGGAGUCCACGGAGAGAAGAUGUCGGGUCAGACGCUGACGGACCGCAUCGCCGCGGCGCAGUACAGCCUGACGGGAUCUGACGUCGCCCGAGCUGUGUGUAAAGCCACCACACAUGAGCAGACAGCUCCAAAGAAAAAGCACCUGGAAUUCCUGAUCCAGGCCACCCAGGAGACCAAUGUGAACGUCCCCCAGAUGGCCGACACGCUGAUGGAGAGGGCCGGCAACGCCAGCUGGGUGGUGGUUUUCAAAGCCCUGAUCACCACACACCACCUCAUGGUGCAUGGCAACGAGAGAUUCCUGCAGUUCCUGGCAUCUAGGAACACCUUGUUCAACCUCAGCAACUUCCUGGACAAAACUGGCUCCCACGGCUACGACAUGUCCACGUUCAUCAGACGCUACAGCCGUUAUCUCAACGAGAAGGCCUUCGCCUACAGACAGAUGGCUUUUGACUUUGGCCGGGUCAAGAAAGGGGCUGAGGGAGUGAUGAGGACCAUGUCAGUAGAGAAGCUGUUGAAAGGGAUGCCCACCCUGCAGAGCCAGAUCGAUGCACUGCUGGAUUUUGAAGUGCACGCACCGGAACUGAACAAUGGGGUGAUAAAUGCCUGCUUUCUCCUACUCUUCAAAGAUCUGAUCAAGUUAUAUGCCUGCUACAACGACGGCAUCAUUAACCUGCUAGAAAAGUUUUUCCAGAUGAAGAGAAGCCAGUGUAAAGACGGACUGGAGAUCUACAAAAGAUUCCUGACACGAAUGACUCGGGUUUCAGAAUUCUUCAAAAUUGCUGAGCAAGUGGGAAUAGACAAAAAUGACAUACCUGAACUCACUCAGGCCCCCGAAAGUCUUCUGGAGUCCCUGGAGACUCACCUUAACACGCUGGAGGGAAAGAAGCCAGAGGAUAAGUCGCCCACUAAGCAGGAUGCAACAGCCAACAACAGCUCACCGGCUGCUGCCGCUGCACCGGCCAAGCCUGCGCCUCCCGUUCAUGCCGGCGGGCCCCCUGCCCGCCCCGGGCCGCCUGCCAAACCUCCUCCGCCCUCUAUAACCCCAACUGCACCAGCCCCCGCCACUACCACUACCAGCAAUGCUCUUGAUGAUGGCUUCUUGUUGGACCUAGACCCCAUGUCCUCAUCAGCAAGGGGAGCUGCAGCCCCCUCCACCAUGACUGGAUGGGGAGAUCUCUUGGCUGAGGCAACUCCGGCUGCCACUGAUGAAGCCUCUGAAGCUCUCCUAGCAGAGGAAGGGUCUGCUGCCGCUGAUGCUGGUGAUGCAGCGGCUGCUGCCCCUGCAGCUCCCGCACCCAAAGCCGCUGCUGCUGCUGCUCCCGCUGCAGCUGCAGCCGCACCGGCGCCCGCCUCGCUGCCUGUCUCAGCUCCCGCCUCUUCCGCAGACAUGGACCUAUUUGGAGAUGCGUUUGCACCUUCCCCAGGAGACGGUCCUGCUGCCGUGGCUGCGGGCCCCGCUGCUGAUGCAUUUGGUGGAUCUGACCCCUUCGCUACGACAGAGGGGAGUGGGGACAUUGCUCCAGAGCUGGACCUGUUCGCUAUGAUGCCCACCGACACGGGGGCCACCGCCAUCACCCCUCCCACCUCUAGUGAGGCGCCGACCAUCGUCGCCCCCAUCGCUGCCCCCGCUGCCCCCACCCCUUCUUCCACCACCACCACUACCACCACAACCACCACCGACACCACCACCACAGAGUCUGCAGCCGCUCCGACUCUAGAUAUCUUUGGUGAUAUGUUUGAUUCUAUGCCUGAGCAAAGCCCUACCACAGAAUCCAAAGCUGCUACCACUCCUAGCGUAGACCUUUUUGGUUCAGACCUUCCUGCUGUUUCACGCGGGCCCUCUCCUUUGCCCGAGCCGGCUCCGGUUGGAGACAUUGUAACCGACACAUUUCAGUCUCCAGCUCCAGCUCCAGCUGCAGCUGCAGCUCCAGCCCCAGCUUCAGCUCCGGCUCCUGCUGCUGCUGCUGCUGCAGCUCCUGCCACUGCCGCUCCUGCUGCAGCUCCCGCCCCAGAGGCCUCCUCUCCACCCAAAGCAGAGCCGGCAGCUGUCAUUGACCUACUGGACUCCUUUGCCAGUCCUGUGGAGGAGAAGCAGAGCUCUGCUCCUGGAGGGCCUGGAGACGAUCUGCUGGGAGGCCUGAUGUCACCCACCCUGGCUCCCACAGCUGCCCCUGCUCUAGCUCCAGCCUUGGCUCCAGCUCCAGCCUCGGCCCCGGCCCAGAACGACCUCCUGGAAUCUGGUUUUGAUGCUCUAGGCUCCCUUACCGCUCCAACACCACCUGUACCUGCUGCAGCACCAAUAGUCCCAACUGUGCCAGAACCUGCAACCACCACACCAGCACCCUCUGGUGGCUUUGAUGCUUCAAUGUUUGAUGGAUUAGGCGACUUGCUGAUGCCCGCCAUAACGCCCCAGAGCACCGGGGGCAGCACAGCUGGAAGCACAGCAGGAAGCAUGGGAACUCCUGUCGCAGUGGGAGGCAUCGCAGCCGCUCCCCCCGCCACACCACCCCCCUCUAAAACUGUCGGAGGGGACCUGGACUCAUCUCUGGCCAACCUGAUUGGAGACCUUGGAGUAAAGAAAAAGGACCCACAGAGUGAGAAGAAGCUGACAGGAGGCGCCAACUGGAUGCCACAUGUAGCCCCCACAAGCUGGGCUACACCGGGAGCCCCCAUGGCUGGUGCCGCCCCUGGAGCACCUGGGGCACCUGUAGCAGCCAUGGUGCCACCGAUGAGCGCACAGCCCGGCUUUGGCAUACCUCCUGCAGGAGGACCUGGAGCUCCCAUGAUGCAACCCUUGAUGGGGCAGCCUAUGAUGGGACAGCCCAUGAUGAGACCUCCCUUCACAGGGGUGGCUGGAGCUGCACCCGGAGCCGCUGCACCAGGAGCACCGCUUCCUACAGGACCUGCGAGCCAGAGCCCCAAGAAACCCAAGGACCCUUUGGCAGAACUCGACCUCAAAGACUUCUUAUAACGCCCCAGCUGCUUUCUUCUCUGGAGCAGGGCCCUCUCACCUUUUACCUGGUGUCUGUCAACAUCUCAGGAUGUUCAGCUACUCAACCUUAUAAGAGCCUCUUAUCUCCAUCCCGCCCAUCAACACCCCACCCUUCUCCUGUGUGAUGUCGUAGCACAAACUGUGAAAGUGAACCAUAGCGGAUUAUAUAUAAAUAUAUAUAUGAAAAAAAGAGAAAAAAAAAACAAGCGUGUGCUUAUGUAGAUGUACUAAUCUUUUGUCUAAACAAAAUCACUCAAAACCCUGACAAACAAGUCCACAGAAGUAAGUGAAAGAAAGUGAAGGCGUAUGUGUUUAGAUUUCUUUCUAGUGUUGAGUUGAAUGAUGGAUGUGCUUUGGUGUCCUAAGCCCCACCCACCAUCCCAUAUUUGUCCCCGCCUCCUUACAAAGGGGGAGGAGCUCUUCUUUGCUCCACUCUGAUUGGAUGAGAGUGGUAAACAAAGCCCCGGUAGAUUUUUGGAGAACCAUGUUGUGUGUUGUUUACAGAAGGGUCCUCGUUGAUGUACAUAGAUUUCUCUGGCGAGGAUUACGUCUCUAUUCUGUAUGUCUGUUGAAGAGAAAUAUAAAUGUGACUCUGACAUGAAAUUGUAAGAAGUCGUGUGAGUAACCUUCUAUUUCCCGUCAUCUUUUGAAAGUAUUUGGAAACAAAUAUGAAUACCGCUAUAUGAUUAAUAUACUGUAUAUGAAGAAACAACUUCCAUGGGCUUCUGAAUCAUACCAGACCAGCAAGUGAUCCUUUUUGUUUGUUUCUUUUUUUACUCGUGGCUUAUUUUUCUAUGUUUCUUUAUUUGUCUUUUUGUCCAAUGUUAUUUAUAUGUUCUGUUUCUGUUAGAAUAAUCCUCCAGGCGGCUGUCGAUAUUUGCUGGCAUUGCUAUGAAAGAACAUAUCUUACAACCUACUUCCACAGAAAAUGCUUCAGUUACCUUCAGUCACAAAAAUAAACUCAAACUGUCUCUCAAUAUAACUGUACAUGUUUCUAGCUGCGGUUUUGACACGACCCAUGUGGAUAUAUCUGUUGCCUGUGCUUUCAUUAUCGGUAUGAUUGUUUUUGUAUUUAGAGUAAGAUAUUACAUUGCAGUACCAAACUCUGUGUUCAGACAGAUCAAAGCAAGACAAAGGAUUUCAAAGGAUACCAGACAACUCGCAUGUUUAUCCAGCAGGAAGGACACUUCAAAAAAGUCAGAAUCAGUAAGAUUUUAAAGGUGCCCUAUUGAGUUCAGUUUACACCCAUUGUUUCCCACCAAAUAAGCUUUGGCCUUAAUCUGUAGGGAUUUUCUUCGUCAUAAAAUUCUGAAACAGUGAUUUUUCGAUACAUAUUGAUUCUGAAUAUUUAAGUUAUUUCAAUACGUUAUCCACAGUAUCGAUACACCAGUAACAGCUGCUCUUUUUCAUUCUCUCUUGUUGUUAAUGUUUACUACAGUUAUUCUGCUGUUCUCUGCAACUAACCAAGAAAGAAAGUUGUUGUUAUCAUGGUAUAGCCUUGUUGUAUUUAUUUUUUAAGAAAAAAUUCAAUUUUAUGCCCUUUAGUCAAUUCCCCAUUGUAUCAAAAAUGGUAUCAAAUAUCAAUACUUUCCAAGGCGUUGUAUUGAAGUUAGAAUUUCCAGUAUCAUGACAGCACUAUUUUAGAAGGCUUCUUUAUUUCAAAAACUUUAAAACCCAAGUCGUUUACAUACAAAAUGGGGGGCCUGGUUAUCAAAAUAUUGCUUAAUAGGGCUACUAGCGAUAAAAAAAACUCCACAGGGUACCUUUAAGUUCCGUGUCACUUACCUGUUGCACUCUGUGCUGUUGAAUAAAAUGAAAGUGUGUGUGCCUGCACUGCUGCUAUGGCAAUAUUAAAAUUACAGAAAAUUAAUAAAGGUCACCUGAAAAUGCAGACAAACAAAACAAAUAAAUCACAUUUGACUGCUCUCUGAACAACCUUUGCUUAAGAUGUUGAUUUGAUCAUUGCUGACCUGCGGCUCAUUGUCAGCUGAACAGUACUUAUUGUUAGUGAUGUGCACAGUGUGGAAAUCCACAGGAGGCCGCUGUCAGCCUAACCAUGAUCUUGUCCCCAAAAGCAUCUUAACACAAAGCACCUCUGUUCCUGCAGACUUACAAUGGAAUCAAAAUGUUGAUGUGCGUUUGGACAGCUGUGUAACACCAGAGGUCCCAGUCCUGUGCUGUAAAUCAGACUGAUGUAACACUUACUCUGUGUGUUGUCUUUUCAGUGGACUGAAUAAGUGACUGGUGGUGAGAAUCUGAUAUGAUUCAGAGAGAAUAAUGGGAGAUUAUUAACAUUUUUCAUGACUGAAUUAUUAAAGUUGUAUUUUUGUUUAGUUGUAAAUUUAUUUUAUUUACUAUGGCCCUCCCCAGUGCAUGUAAGCCCUUUGAGGUGCAAUAAAUUCAAUGACGGACUGAACUGCCCAUGAAGGAUUUCUUUUCUUCUAUACCAUGAAGAUAAUAGAAAUGUCCAUGUUGUGAAUUUGUGUCCAUAACCUCAACAGUAGCCUCUUUUCAAGUCCUGUUUCUAACUUGGUAAAGUGGACAAAUGCUCUGUCCCCCCAGACCCUCAGAGGCCCCAUGUGCAUCGUGUGUCAUUUGGUUUUUUGGUACAAAUUACACAUUUGUUAGGGAAUUUGCACCACUGAAGUACAAAACAGACUAAUGCAGAUCUGAUAUUUUA